AUGAGCGCCGGGAUCUUCUGGACCGUUGCUAACAUUCUUGUAUUUGCUGUGGACCAUCUAGCAGUGGUCGUGGCCAGUAAAGUACUCAAGGGAAUAGGAAUGGGAUUGGUAGAAUUGAUUGUAUCUAUGUAUGUUUCUGAGAUUCUAGCGCCUUCAAUCAGAGGCUCGGCCAUAGCCAUAUUCCAUGUGGGGCAUGCUAUUGGAGCAGUAGCGAUGAUGGGAUUAACCUUUUGGCUUAUAUCAGCCUUUCAUAACCCAAUGCUAUUCAGAUACCAAUAUAUAGCUGAGAUUGUGCCGGCAUUGGUCUUCAUAAUCUGUGGAGCUCUUUUCCCCCAAUCUCCGCGAUGGUUGGCUCAGCACAACCGUUGGCAAGAAGCAGCAGUAAGCAUGGAUAAGAUCCAACUUAUGAACCAGACGACCACUGCUAAGAAUAAGAGAGUAUUGAAGGUGGCAACUGAAGAUGAUGAUGACGAAAGGAGAAGGAGAGUGAUACAGGCUUAUACCAGUGGUCCGGUAAUUAGAGAGUGUUCGCAUGGGAAACUAUUGGGAAAGACAUUCAGAAGACAAACAGCCAUGAGCAUCUUCGUUAUGAUAGCUUCACAAUUGACUUGUAUCCAUGUGCUUAUGUAUUUCUUUGAAGUACUCUGUGGGAUAUGUCAAGUUGGAGGAGGUGGUAUGAAGUUGGUAAGCAUAGUCCAUUAUAUGGCAACCUUAGUGUUCUCGGUCUUUCUGGCUUUGUCAAUUAAUACAUGUCGAAGGAAAGAUAGUCUUGUGUUUGGGUUUGUUCUUGUUGGAGCAAGUCUUACUGCGUUGGGGGCUCUACUUUGUGUUUAUGGGACAUCCGCCAAUCAUGAUACACUGUUGUUUCAAAUGAAGGUAGUAGGACUCCCAAGUUCGGCAGUGCUAGCGUUAUUCCUUCUAUUUGUCUCGUUACAAGCCAUCUUUAUUACACCAGUAAGUUGGACUUAUGUGUGUGAACUAUUCCCUGGUUACGCAAGAACAAAGGCCAUCUCUUUAGCCAUGAUAGUCUAUUGGAUAACUGAUGCGGUGUUGAGGCUUUUGGUGCCUCUAACCAUCAAGUUUAUCAAGCAAUAUCUAUUUAUUGCGGCUGGUGUGGUCGCUAUUUUAUCGGGGUUGGUGAUUACUCAAUUCCCUGAGACAAGAUAUCUUAACGAUGUGGAAAUAGAAGCUCUCUAUGAUGAUUCAAAAUCUUAUGAUAUUGAAGUCCAGCAUCGUCCGCAAUCAAGUCAUCAAAAGGAACCUGAACCUGAGCCAGAAAUGAAACCAUCACCGGGAACUUCAAAUGAGAAACUAGUGUAUUAUCACCAAGAGAAUCAAAAUUUGAAUGAAAAUACUUUGGUAAAUCAUGAUAAACUCAGCAUUUUUACAUCUAAUGCACCAUCUUCUUCUUGUUUAUCUCGUCCUAUUUCACCUUUUGGAGUAACUCAUUCCCCUGAUGAAGCAACAAUAGCUGAGUCUCAACUGUCAAGAGUGUUUCCCCAACCAACAACAGCAGAUGACUCCUAUUUUUCCCAAGACUGGGCUCAUAACUUGAAAGCAUCCGAAGAUGAUGACGACGAAGAACGUGCUUUUAAAGAGGUCGACACUACGAACGAAAGUCUGAUGCUUCCAGUUUCCUCCACAAUCAUUGAUUCUCACCCACAAAGUAGUACGCUGGACUCGGUGUUUCAUCACCGAAACCAUGAAGGGUCUCCAUUAAAAGCAGGAUUCACUUACGAACCCACAACGUUUCUUCAACACGAUGUGCUCCAUCUCUCUCAGAAAGAUCAAUAUGAUACCUGGAAACAAAAUGGGAAACUGCAGUUGAUGUCCAAGUAUACCUUGUAG